AUGGAUGCUAAAAUUCAUAUUCUAGUUAUCCCUUACCCCAUUCAAGGCCACAUAAAUCCAAUGUUGCAGUUCUCUAAGCGCUUGGCUUCCAAAGGUACAAGGGCCACUCUUGUCACCACCACCACCAUUAGCAAAUCCAUGCAAGCCCGACCCAACUUAGUAGAGAUCGAAUCAGUUAAUGACGGCUUCAAUGAAAACAAGAAACCCGAGAGCGUCGACGCCUUCAUCGAGAAUUUCCGAGUGGUCAUUUCAGAAAGUUUGGCACCUAUCAUCAACAAACAUAGGACUUCGGGUUACCCUGUCAAAGUUCUUGUGUACGAUUCAAUGGCCCCAUGGGCUUUGGACUUAGCCCAUCAGCUUGGCCUAUGUGCAGCUGCGUUCUUCACACAAUCUUGCGGUGUAGAUGCCAUCUACUACCAUAUGCAACAGGGGACAUUGAAGAUUCCUAAUCCUAAGGAGGAGGGUUCAAGUUCAAUGCUGGUGUCGAUUCCUUCAUUGCCACUGUUGGCAGUCAAUGAUCUACCUGACUUGCACUUAUACCCGUUAUUAUUGAGCGAUAAUAUUAGCCAAUUCUCAAAUUUUCAGAAAGCUGAUUGA